AUGCAGCAGCAGCAGCAGCAGCAGCUUGAGCGGCUGCUGCAGUUUGGAGGGUGUAUAGAGGAUCCGAAGCAGCAGCAGCAGCAGCAGCAGCUGCCGCCUCCGGUCUUCGUCUCAUGCCCCUCUCUCUACCAAACGCCGCCCCUCCACCUCCGGCCAGCAGCAGAGUCGCUGCUGCUGCUGCACUACCGCAGCGCUGCUGGGCUGCUGCUGCUGCACAUGCAUGCAAAGGAAGCAGCAGCAGCAGCAGCAGCAGAAGCUCCGGCAGCAGGUGGAUGGAGGUACUCUUUGCCUUAUCUCGAUGGCCUCAGCAGCGCAGCGGCGCUGCAGCAGGCGGAGGCCUGCGGCGGGUUUGCUGCAGCAGCAGCAGCAGCAGCACGCGCACCAGCAGCAGCAGCAGCAGCAGUUGCAGCUGCUGCUGAGUCCCCUCUUCCUCUCUUCAGCGCAGCAGCUUGGGUAGACGCGUGGCCGCUGCUGCAGCAGCACGCAGCACUGCAGCAGCGAAACCGGGAGUCGCUGCAGCUGGCGCUGCUGUUUGCUGCUCUUCUUCCUGGGGGCAAGCAGCAGCAGCAGCAGCAGCAGCAGGACAUGGGGCUGGUGCUGCGGCUACUGGAGCUGCUGCUGCAGGGCGACAGCAGCUUCUGCUGCAGCGCCAUUUGCUGCCUCUUGGCCAGCCCGCAGCAGCUGCUGCUGCGCUGCCGCAGCCUCAUAGCGCAGCACUUGCUGCCGCUGCUGCUGGGGGCCCCCCGGCACUUGGGGGCCCCCAAGGUUGCGUGGCUGCUGCUGCAGCACGCCUACACCUUGCAUGCAACGCCCCCGCCUGCUGCUGCUGCUGCAGCAGCAAGGCUGCUGCUGAAGCAGCAGGUCCACGCAGCAGCAGCAGCGGGAGGGGCGGCGAAGGGGGUCUCGGCGGAGGCGCUGCCAGCAGCAGCCACAGCGGCAGCAGCAGCAGCAGCAGCAGCAGCAGAAGACACUUCCCCCACAGCACAUUGCCUCACCAUUCUGAGAGUGCUGCGGCAGCAGCAAGAAGCAGCUCAGUUUCUUUCUGCGUCUCCUCCGUUUGCUGCUGCUGUUUUUCUGCUGUGUCUGCGGCUGCUGUCGGCAGCAGCAGCAGCAGGCAGCGUGCUGCUGCUGUGUCGGGAGGCGGAGCAGCUGCUGCUGCUGCUGUGGCGCAGCAGCAGCAGCAGGGCCUCCUGUUUGCUGCUGGGGGGGUCUCUUUUUGCUGCUGCUCUUGGGGACGUCAGCAGACUCAGCCCCAUGGCUUCUUCCCUCAGGCUCUCUCCAUGA